CGGCGAGGCCGGCGGGGCAGGAAGCUGGGACGGCGGCGGCGGCGGCGGCGGCGGCGGCGGCGGUGGGGCCGAGGCUGAGGGGUCUCGGAGCGCCAUGGGCCGUCUGCACUGCACGCAGGACUCGGUGCCCGAAGCCGUGGGCGGCGACAUGCAGCAGCUGAACCAGCUGGGCGCGCAGCAGUUCUCAGCUCUGACAGAAGUACUGUUCCAGUUCCUAAAAGAGCCCAAGGAGGUGGAGAGGUUUCUGACUCAGCUCUCUGAAUUUGCCACCGCUAAUCAGAUCAGUCUUGGCCCCCUUAAAAGCAUCAUGAAAAGCCUCCUUCUGGUUCCAAAUGGUGCCUUGAAGAAGAGUCUCACGGCCAAGCAGGUCCAGGAAGAUUUCAUAACUCUGGGUCUUAGUGAGGAGAAAGCCACUUACUUUUCUGAAAAGGUAUAAUUCCUCUUAAUCAAGGUUAAGAUCCUUGUCUUUUAUUUCACAAAAAGAAAAAAAUG